CGCACACCUCCACCCAACUUUUCUGGGAGUACCCCCCCGGGCAGCAACCAUGAACGACUGCCAGACACUGACAAUAGAGCCAAGGUUAUAACAGGUACUCCAAUAGGAAAGCUGUCAUCUGGAUGCACGAAACCUUUUUUGGUUCUCAGGUGCUUCCCCAUCUUGAUUUUGCGUGAACAUUUUCAGUUGGCUUACUAAGAACAUUCUUCAAUUUUACUCAAAAUCCUAAACUUACUACCCUUACACUGGUAUAUUACAUGAAUGUCAUGUGCAUGUCUGCAGAACUAAAGGGAAUGAAGUCUUAAAUCGCUUUCUCCUUCAGUGAAACAGUCUUCAAAUGGAAGCAGACCUACAGUUUUACUGUUCAUCAAAAGGUUAAAACGUUGCCGGAUUUUUUAUGUAAAAACUGCCAGAUAGGAUCGUCCACAAGCAAGGAAAACCACUGAAGCGAAGGUUUCAAAAGCUCUUACAGUUAAACAAUCAAAUUAAAAUACAAUGGAACACCUCCGACGACCAGCCCGUUAAUACAACCACCUAUUUAUUAUGGUGAUUAUCUUUUGGGCUGAAGAAAACGCUUAGUCGUACAUUUCCCAUUUUAAGAACCCCUUAAACAUGACCUCUCCCUUGACACGACCACAAUUUUAUGCGCAGGCGCAAGUUAUGUGACCUCACUUGUCUCACCAAACGAUCAGGAGACAAAUCAAAAUCUAGUUCUCAGAAGAUGCGAAGGCCUUGGGAACGACAUUAGCACAAAUCGAAGGCUAGAAUCACUGAACACACAAUGACCACGGUGGAAACGGUUGUCAUAUCAAUGUUCGUUUUUAACAAAGACUAUUUGACAUGCUAGCUGGCAAUUUGUCACACUUUUAUCCAGACACUGUCAAGCUUCGUUUACAUACUAAGAAACCCGGAAAGCGACGAUAGAAAAAAACAUGCCAAUGUUGAUUACUUUAUUGUAAAUCACUUUUUACAGCAGCAGUAGCAGCAGCAGCUGCAUCUUCAAAUAAAUGAAAUAUUGUUAAGAAUUGCCAGAUGACAACCUAGCAAGCGGGAUCUUCCUAUAAAAGGUUAAAAGACCCGAGAAUGCUACUCUUAUUUCUUUGUACGUUCUAUUUGCUUUCACCGGUAUUGGCUGAUGAAGUUUUAUCAGAAGGUUUGACUUGUCCAACCGACUGGUUGUACCUGAACGGUUCCUGCUAUCGAGCUUACAGCACGAAGCUGUCGUGGUUUGAUGCGGUAAAAUUCUGUCAGGAAAAUAAAGGAGAACUGCUCAGCAUCAAUUCUGAAGGAGAACAGCGCUUUGUUUACCAAAGCAUGGCGGUCAAAAAAACUCUAUGGAUCGGCCUGGUCAAAGAUUCUGGUUUGCAGAGUUUCCGUUGGUCGACGGGAGAGAAGCUAACUUAUCAGAACUGGAUUCCAGGAGAGGGAAGCAUAUCUGGCCAUGAGGACUGUGGUGAGAUGACAGACUAUAGUACAUUUCAUGGUCAAUGGAACGACAAAUCCUGCUCCGCAAAACAACCAUACAUCUGUGAGAAAGAUGCGCUAAGUGGACGAUAUUUCAAGAGGUUACUACGAAGACAGCUGACUGGUCACAUGAUUAAUCACGGGAUCACAUCUAGUGAUAUGGAAUGCAUAUUGUUGUGUCAACGCCAGCAACAAUGCAUGUCAGUCAACUACAAACUUGGAGAAUCUACAAGCGCCUGCGAGUUAAAUGCCGCUAUCGCAGAGGACUUUCCUGAAGAUCUCACUUAUAGCAACGAGUUUGAUUAUUAUGAGUCUUUCGUAUAGAGGCUAGAUCAUGACGUGGAAUGAGGAAUGGGAUCCACUCGUAACAAAAAAUAACUAAAUAAAUAAAUAAUAAAUAAUAAAUAAAUAUAACAAACGCUGCCCUGUAUUCGGUUUUCCCAUCAAGAGGCAAUAAACUCGACACUGCUGCCGGGAAACAGUGACAUACUUGUCGUUUUAAACCUUAUUUUCUGGCGAUAGAAAGCCAUCUUAGUAUCAUCCCUCCUAUUUCCCGACCCCUUCCCCAAACAAUGGGAGAGAUUGUUUCGUACGCUCUGUCGCUGUAAUCCUACAACAUUAGAUGGAGAAAAGGGUUGUUGCAUGGUGUUGAGAAUUUUCAGAGUUAGUGAAAGUAUUGCAUGAAAAGAGCCUCUCGAAUUC